CUUGAUCCCUUGUAAUAAGCGCAAAUCAGCUACCGGGAGGAUGGAGGGAGCGAGGGAGGGAGACCGAGCGAAAGCCGCCCGCUGCUCUCUCACGCCGCUUUACGGCUGCUGAAAACCCCCCCGAGAGAGCUCAGCGCCGCCGUACAGCGCCCAGGCUCCCUCCUCUUCCCAAGAUUUCUCAGGUGGACGUGGGGAAAUAGCGUAUGAUGGUUCCGGACCUUUCGCAUCUGGCCCAGGACAAGGCCGCUUAUCCUUGAGCUACUUGGAAGACAUGGAUUGGCCUGAACUAGUGCUUUGCAGAAGAGGCCUCUAAGUAAGGUAAAAAGAUGGCAUACCACAAAGUCGGCGCAGAUCAGAGGGCACAAUAUCUAGAUAGUGAUGACCUCCAAGCCACUUCCCUGGAGCUAGAAUGGGAUAUGGAGAAAGAACUGGAGGAGCCCGGCUUUGACCAUUUCCGUCUGGAUGGGACAGUCCAUCAACAAGUGGGAAUUACUCAAAACACGGACCUGGACCUGGAGCCCAUCCAGCCAUCGGCAUCUCCCAAAGGGAGGUUCCAGAGGCUUCAGGAAGAUCCGGAUUACGUCUCCCAUUAUACAAGGCCUCCACCAAAGAGCAACCGCUACAGCUUUUGCUGGAUAUUUAAGCUAUUUUGCACUGCUUUGAGUCUAUUUAUUUUGGGGGUUUUGAUCGGCUACUAUGGACACGUACGGUGCCCUCCUUCCCCACCACCACCUCCAAAACCAAGCGAUCCUCACCUCAGCCAGGAGAUUCUGAAAGAAAUCCAAGCGAAGGAUGUUGCACAGAUUUACAGAGAUUUGAUACAGCUGCGUGGGAAAGAAGAUAGAGAUAUUGCAAUGAAGCUGCUGGCUCAGUGGACAUCCUACGGCCUUGAAGAUGUCCAGCUCGUAAAUUACUCUGUCCUCCUUGACCUGCCGGGCGCUUCUCCAAAUACAGUGACUCUGAAUAGCACUGGUGAAUGCUUUUAUCCUAAUGGACAGCUGUGUAGCAAAGAGACCAAAAUGCUUCACAGUCAAGACCUUCUCUACUCCUAUGCUGCUUACUCUGCCAAAGGAACUCUCACGGCUGAAGUCUUUGAUGUGCAGUACGGGACUGCAGAAGAUUUGCUCAGGAUCCAAAAUACUGCAAAUGUCUCCAGGAAAAUUGCGCUUCUGAAGCUAGGACGUUUGCCUUUGCUGUAUAAGAUUUCUCUGCUGGAAGAGGCAGGUUUUGGAGGUGCCCUUCUUUAUGUCGAUCCUUGUGAUUUACCAAAGACUCAGAACCUGAGCGAGAAAGCAUUUAUGGUGUCCUUGAACGGUGGAGGUGAUCCUUCUACACCGGGGUACCCAAGUAUUGAUGGAAGCUAUAAACAGAACCGAUCGAACCUCACUUCUCUAUUAGUCCAGCCUAUUUGUGCGGCACUGGUGAGGAAGCUGUUCUCUUCCCCCGAGAAGGCUGGUGGAAAUGAAGAUUGCGAACCCCUGGAAUUGCUGGCUACAGCAGAAAGAAGAACCGUGACACUGGAAGUUCAAACACAACCAACAUACAAAACAAUAUCCAACGUCAUUGCAUACUUAAAAGGAGCCACAAUUCCUGAUAGAUAUGUAAUAGUUGGCAGCCACCACAGCACGUUAGGUGCCUACAGUAGGCAGCAGUGGGCUCAUGGAACUGCCGUGAUGACUGCAUUCAUCCAGGCCUUGAUGAGGAAAGUGAAGAAAGGAUGGAGACCAGAGCGGACCAUCAUUUUCUGCUCAUGGGGAGAAACUGUGUUUGGCAAGAUCGGCUCCUACGAGUGGGCAGAGGAUCUCAAGGAAGUUCUCCAGAGGAACGCUGUGGCGUAUGUGAGUCUCCACGAUCCAGUAAGGGGCAGGGCAGUUUUGCAUACCAUCGCAUCUCCUUCUCUUCAGCAACUGGCAACUGAGGUUAGAAAGAGGCACAACUUCACCUGUCUUGGGCAAGACAAAUGUGCAGAAUUUAAUGUCAGUUCCGUGCAAAUGCAAGGCGAUUCUGAUUAUUUCAUCAACCAUCUGGGGGUCCCGGCUCUGCAAUUUUCAUACCAAGAUUCGACAGCAUUAGAGACGGCAAGUUUUCUCUCUGAAGCCCUUUUCCCUCUACAUUCAACAAUAUCCAACGAACUAGUGUCUUCCUUCAGCCUACAUGAAUCCAUCGCAAAGCUGACAGGCGAAGUAAUUUUGCAAAUUGCCAACAACCCAGUACUGCCCUUUAAUGCCCUGGAUAUUGCAUUAGAAGUUCAGAAGAGCUUUAGAGAUGAACAUCUAAAUCUUGAACGCUUGCUAACAAUGGCCAACGCCCUGAGGGAGAGUGCCCAGUUGUUCCAGUCGGAUGAGAUGCGUCCAGCGAACGACCCGAAGGAGAGAGCUCCCACCCGAGUAAGAAUGCUGAACGACGUCUUGCAAAGCCUCGAGAGGAACUUCUUAGUUCCACAGGUCCCUCCGGGAUUUUACAGAAACAUCCUUUACAGGCUGGAUGAAAGGACACACCAAUUUUCAGUACUGCUAGAGGCGGUGGAACACUGCAAGCUGCAUCAGUCAAAUGAGACUCUUCAAGCAGCCUUGUCGAAAGUGCUCAGCAGCCUCAAUUCAGCUCAGGUUUCUUUCAAAGCAGGACUCAAUGUCUUUGAGGCUGCCUUACUGGGAAGCAAAUGAGGAAUCUGUCUCUUUCACGUGUACACACACACCUACACACAGGGAAGAGCUUUGUUUACAUUUUGCAAAGGAAAACUCUGAGCUGGACCAGAAAUUGUAUGUGGUUGAAACCUUUCCUUUCUUUUUUUCUUUUUCUUUUUUGACUCUUUAAAAGAGUCCCUGUUUCACGGCACCAUUUUGUACAGUUAGAUAAAUCUGAAGCAGCCUUUUGCACUGUUGACAAUUUAUCAUGUACUUCUAUUUCCGAAUGAUAUAUGGAGGAAAGCUAACUCUUUGGAAUGUGUUUGUACACACAAAAUCAGCCUUGUAAAUGAGCCCACGAAAGCUAGUAGAUUGCAAAGCAAAGGACUAGCUUGCUGUGACUGUCAGGAGAGGACAAAGGGCUGUGUCCUCCUUGCAGAAGCCCUCUGGUUCAUCUUCAUGGAAGUCCAUGUACUCACUAAGCGGGUGCUUAGAUAUAAGGUGGAAUAUCUCUGAAAAUUUCAUUUGCUUUAUUGAAAAGGGGGUGGGUGGAGAUUAAGACUCAAUAUCAUCAUAAAUGUGGGGGGAAAUAGAUCUUUGGAUUUAGAAGAUCAGAUUUGGACUCAAAUAAUGAAUUGAAUUGGGGUGAAACAGAACGGAUCUGAAACAUAUUGGGCAGCUUCCAAAUAUUAAAGAUACAAGGCAAAUCUUUUUUCUACAAGAAAUCCCAUAUAUAUAUAUAUAUAUAUAUAUAUAUAUGGAUGUAUAUCGGCCUUGUAUUUAAGCCCUUGCCUAUACCCCCUGGUAUAGGGUGGUAUAAUAAUAAUAAUAAUAAUAAUAAUAAUAAUAAUAAUAAAUAACUAGUGCAUUGAGUUCCAUGAAGGCAAAUGAGUGGACUGCUGCAGGAGAGAUGAAGCUAACAACCAGUGUAUGUCUUUAGUGGGCUGAAUUUACAUGCAUCCAUAGUCUUUUACUUUCUCAGUUGAACUGCAGCCCACCCACCAUUCUGUAUCACAAACUUCUGGUGAAACUAUCCGUUUCAACAGUGGUUUGUCAGGUAGCAUUAGGGACUGCUGUUCAAUGAAAAGAGUCAACAGCAGAGCAAGUUGACGCAGAACUAGUGGAUCUUGGUCAUGAAACCUUACAGAGUGACGAGGGCACUUUGCAAGUGCCACUGUGCUGAUUACAGGCACCUGUAUGGAUAUUGUAAAACUUCCAUCAUAAAUAUCUUCAGGUUUCACUGAUUAACCCCUUAUUUAUAAGCAUACUUUACCCUUAACUAGCAGCAAGCCAGGUCUGCCUGUCAAAUUCCACCAGCAAUACUGAACAAUCCCUCCUUCCUUUGUAUUCGCAGACCACUUUCAAGCUGCUUAUGUUUUAUAGACAUUUAGCAUUAAGAAUUAAGCUUUCCUCACCUUGAGGUGGCUAGCGAGUCAAUCGUGUCUCCUGUGGAUGACAAGGUUAGUCAGAGUCAUAAAACAGUGUUGCUAGUAUUGUUCUCCGAUAAGAAAGAGAUGUUUAUGGACUAUAGCUGUCACUGUCUGCCCAGGAGACAUAACGUUGGCAAUGUUGGAUGUGGUUACAUUUCUCCUUCUUAAUCUCUGGCUACAACCAAGAUGGCAACAUACAUACGACAUUGUGAGGCAUAUCCCGGUGUUCCAUACUCAUGCUCAGGCAAACACCUGAACACACCUAUGGCUACUGUCAUGUCACAUACAGCUGGGGAUGCAAAGUACUACUGUUGUAUAUAGCAGAAAUUAAUCCUGUUUCACCCCCUGAAUUGUUGGCUGACCUCCCAAUAUAAGUCAAGUGUUAGGCAAGUUAUUCCCAGUGGAAUCAAAACUGGCACAAGUGGAGUCGGGCUGUCAGGAGGAAUGCAACUGAAAAUGGCAAAUCCAUGGUGAGCGCCAUGGGUAUCCUGAAUUCAGUUUCCUAACAGGGAGAGAUUUCUGUUUUCCUGUCAAGAACCAGUACAUAUACAGAAACCAAUGGCUUUGAGUUUCAUUGUGAUACAAGCAUGGCCAUGGUGCACUAAGAGUUCACCUUUCAGCAGCUUGAAGGUGGGCUGCAAUAUUUGGGGACAUUCUUUGCUCCUAUAGAUGUAGAUCAAUUUACUCAGGGACCUGAGAUGUUCACUGUGAGCUCACCUUGCCUCAUGGGUGAGCCGGCCCAGAAUAAAGAGUGACAUCAGGAUUUGCUGCCCCUUUGGAUCCUGCCGUCUGAGGCGGUCACCUCACGUAGCCUUGUGAGUGGGCUGGCCCUGAUGUGAGGUCUUGUCUAAUGUGUGAUUCUCAGUGAGAACUUAAAUAUGUUCUUCUUGUAUCCCUAUUAGGUUUGUUGACACACGCACACUUUUCAAAUGCUGUCCAUGGCUCUAGCAUUUAUUAAUUGGAAAUUUCAUAAGUUCAUGAUUAUUCUAGAACUACGUUCCUUAAGAAUUUGAUCUAUUUUUAAGCAACAUUUUCUAGUUUGAUCCAUCAGAAUCCAUAUUAGGUCUAUAUAUUUAUUAGGUCAACCAAAAAUGCCAGAAUAUAGUGUGCAAACUUCUGCGUUCUGCAGAACUCUUCAUCAGGCUAGAUGGUAAAUAAGUGGGGAGAAGAGGAGAGAGAGAGAGAGGAGAGAGAGAGAGAGAGAGAGAGAGAGAGAAUUGGCUGGUGGAAAAACCAUCUGUGUUUGUAUUGGGAGGAGACUUAAGUUGGAGGGUGGAAGAAGGAAGCAGGCAUUCAACUUAGUGCCUGUGAGGCACUAUGCAGGUUUCAGGUUGUACCACAGUCUACUGUGGCUGAAUGUUUAUGUGCUGAGAAUGAGCCUAGUCUUCCCAGAGCUCUUAUUCUCCUUUCCCGCCCCUUCCUCUGGUUGUGAAGAGAUUUGAAGCAUUGGCUUCCAGUUUCAAUUAACCAUAGUUUAGUGCUCUGUCCAAAAUUGUGGUUAAUUUCAACCGUGGUUUGUUUCAACAUGCCAGCUUUGUAAAACUCAGUUUCAGAUUGGCUUGUUUCAAGUGAAUCAUAAUUAAAAUGAGCCACAGCUUGUGUGGAUCGGACAAUACAGCAAACUGCAGUUCAACAAAAAUGGGAGUGAAAGCUUCCCAACUCCUCUUGAAGGCCAUCAAGGGGCAAAGAGAAGAUGGAUUGUGGAAGCAAUAAUGCCUGGAUACAGCCAGCAAGCUGCAAGGCUCCAGGGCAAUAUGAAAAGCUCCAUCUAUGAUGCCUGAUGACCUGUGAAUUCUACUUACCCACCAGAGUGGGAGGCAGCCAAACUUGAAGGUGGCCUUCAAAGAGAAUAUCACAAGCACCCACAAACCUGUGGUACUCUUUUCUUAAGCAUGGAUGGGUGAAGUGAGCUCUCAAAGAUCAUUUUUAAGCCCUUGCAAAAGGUCAUCGUGAGCUACAUUCCAACACUGAUUGCUACCUUCAAGUGCCCGUAAGCUCAAUAUGAGGCCUUGGCUAGAUUGAUAACAGGACAUUGCUCCAAAUAAGUUGUGACCUAUAUUUAAUAGAGAAGAGUGGCUGAUAACUGGAUUAGCUGCCAGGGGCAAAUGUAAAAGCUGUUAUUGAGGUUUGGGGCUGGUCUCUCCUCCUCUUCCAAUCUGUGAAGCUCUCUCUCACGCAAGACAUUUAUUACAGAAGGUCAUAUCUCUCUAUCUCUCUCAGCCUCCCAUUACAAACUAGAGAAGGUGACCAGCUUCCUCUUUUCUGCUCUUUUGCCAGACUCCUAUGUUCAAUCUAUUCAUGUAAUGUCAGAGCCUGCAAGGGAACUGGGGGCAUCAGUUAGUGUCAGCAAGCCAGCUGGCAUCUGUACACAUCCCCCCAUCUCCAGCAGCUCACCACAAUCCAAACCCGUUUGUUCAGAAGAAAGUCCCAUUGAUUUCAAUGAGUUCUUUCACCUAAGUAAGUAUGCUAAAGACUGCAUCCAUUGAUAUGACAUGUCCUCUGGGGCCUCUGAGUAGCAUCGAUAAAGUAAGGUGCCAGUAAAUCAUAACAUGCAAUGUCAUCUGGAUUAAUUUUGGUAUUGACCAGCAAUAAAUUAAAUUUUCUCUUAAAAGUAAUAAUUCAACAGGCAUCACCAGACUGCUGAGGCAUUCUUUGCUAGUCAUUUGCCAGUAUCCAGUCUAUAACAAACAGUGUUGAAUGAUCCCGCAGCCAGGAAACUUUAUGGCUUCUAUAUUUGUGUGUUUAAGGUGGAUGAAAAUGAAAUGAUAAUGAAUAAGCUAACAUGAUUUUAUUCGUGCAUAUUUUAGUGCCCCCAUAAAGAAGAUAAAAUACAAUCAAGUCAGGCAAGUAAUAAGAAUACGGGGGAAGUGGGAUUUGGGUACUAAGUUCAUGAUGGGCUGUAAAUUGUUUUUAACGUCUUAGGGGAUAAAACCGUAAAAUCUAUAGUAUGUGCGUGUUAAGCAGAUGUAUAUACAAUCACAAAGCACACACAAAACUGCCUAGUGCCUUAAGCCCUCUUCAAGCAUUCUGUAUUCACGUUAAGUAAACUCGUGAGGGUGCUCUGCGCCCUCGGCUAUCCAGAUUACCCACCUGGAGAAUAAUCUCCUGAAGUGGGGAAUUGCCUAUACUUGUAGUGGUUCGCUGUAACCCUGGAAAAAUCAAAGUAGCAAUACAACAAGUCCAAGGAAACUUUUGCCUUCUGGACAUUACUGAACUACAGUUCCCAUCAUCCCUAGCCAUUGGCCAUGCUUGUUGGGGCUAACAGGAGUUGUAGUUCAGCAACGUUUGAAGGACCAAAGCUUUCCCAUUCAUAAAAAAUGGAUUUCCCAACCCCCUCUCCUCUGCAGCCCCAGGUGCCCUUCCAAAGCCACUCCUCAGGGUUGGGUGGAGGCUCUGAUUCUGAAACAGUAUGAAACGUGGCACAGGUUUGAGCAGGAAGCUAUGAAACCAGCCUUGCAGAAGCGUGAGUGCCUUUGACUACCAUAAACAACCUAUUGGAUAUAAGCCAUAAUGUUGAAGGUACAGAAAACCAAGCAUUGCAAGUCAGCCCACAGCAUCACAUCAGUUGGUCUGGAAACUGGGCUGUAUUGAUGCUUACUGCAUUCAUUCACAAUGGCUGACUAUGUGAAAGGGAACAAAUACACAAGGUGGUUUGAAAGCAGCCUGGAUCCUGCAUCCAUGUUGUGUAAAAGGCUGUGAGUCCCCUUUUCUGUCUUCGCUGGGGUAGAGCAGAAAAUGUUGCAGCUCCAUGUUGAAGUCCGGGGGCUGCGCGAGAACUUAGCCGUGAAGCACAUUUGACGAAGGCAGCGUUCACACUUUCAAAUUGUUUAGAGGCCCUGACUUCAAAUCUCCCUUUGCUCUUCUUCAUUUUAAAGACUGCAUGCUGCCUAUUAUCUGAUGCCUUCAAUGUCUGUGACAGGCAGAAGUGAAACGACGGCAGUAUUGUACUGAGUAUUGUACAAGUCUCUCUCUGGAAGGAGAUUCUUUACUGACUCCGUCUAAAGUGCAUUUGAUAUAAUGCACCGGGGUGACUGUCUUUACUAUGUCUUUAUUAUAGAGUCGCUCUAGGUAUGCAAGGCACUAAAUGGAGGGAGUAGAAUGGGGGUUUUGUAAUAGCAUUCCAAAGACACAAUAAAUCUGCCUGUUUGGAAUGUACUGUGGGGAGAACUGUUCUGCUUAGAGAAGUUCAUUCUGGGUCUUGCCUUUUUCUUUUUUAAAAAACUGCAGCUUUUCAUUGCACCCUGGAAGUUUUAGCCAUUUAGACUCGGGUAGAAUUAGGACUACUUUAUAUAUAUA